AUGAGCCAAAAAUUGACCGGCGCGGCAGUCGCCGAGCACAACUCCAAGGACUCGUGCUGGGUCAUUGUCCACGGAAAAGCCUACGAUGUCACCGAGUUCCUGCCAGAACACCCCGGCGGUCAAAAGAUCAUUCUCAAGUAUGCAGGCAAGGAUGCGACCGAGGAGUUCGACCCUAUCCACCCUCCUGACACCCUGGACAAGUACCUCGACCAGUCCAAGCACCUCGGUGAGGUCGACAUGAGCACUGUGGAGCAAGAAGAGAAGGAGUUUGACCCUGAGGAGGCUGGUCGUCUGGAGCGCGUCAAGCAAAUGCCCCCGCUCGCCGCAUGCUACAACCUGAUGGACUUUGAGGCCGUCGCUCGACAGGUCAUGAAGAAGACGGCGUGGGCGUACUACUCCAGCGGAGCAGACGAUGAGAUCACAAUGCGCGAAAACCAUCACGCCUUCCACAAGAUCUGGUUCCGCCCCCGCGUCCUCGUCGACGUCGAACACGUCGACAUGACCACCACCAUGCUCGGCACACCCUGCUCCAUCCCCUUCUACGUAACCGCCACCGCACUCGGCAAGCUCGGCCACCCCGAGGGUGAGGUCGUGCUCACCAAAGCCGCCCACCAGCACGACGUCAUCCAGAUGAUUCCCACCCUCGCCUCAUGCUCCUUCGACGAGAUCAUCGAUGCCAAGCAGGGCGACCAAGUGCAAUGGCUCCAGCUGUACGUCAACAAGGACCGCGAGAUUACCCGUAAGAUCGUCGAACACGCCGAAGCCCGCGGCUGCAAGGGCCUCUUCAUCACAGUCGACGCACCGCAAUUGGGUCGUCGCGAGAAGGAUAUGCGUUCCAAGUUCAGCGACGCCGGUUCUGACGUGCAGUCCGGUGAUGACGGAAUUGAUCGCUCCCAGGGCGCUGCCCGCGCUAUCUCCUCCUUCAUUGACCCCGCGCUGUCGUGGAAGGAUAUCCCCUGGUUCAGGAGUAUCACGAAGAUGCCCAUCGUGCUGAAGGGUGUUCAAUGUGUCGAGGACGUCCUGCGCGCUGUCGAGGCCGGCGUCGAGGGUGUCGUUCUCUCCAACCACGGUGGUCGUCAACUCGAGACCGCCCGCUCCGGUAUCGAGGUCCUUGCCGAGGUUAUGCCCGCUCUGCGCGAGCGUGGCUGGGAUAAGCGUAUUGAAGUCUACGUUGACGGCGGUGUACGCCGCGCCACGGAUAUCGUGAAGGCGCUCUGCCUGGGCGCCAAGGGUGUUGGUAUCGGUCGUCCGUUCUUGUACGCCAUGUCCGCGUACGGUGUUGACGGUGUCAACCGCGCUAUGCAGUUGCUCAAGGAUGAGAUGGAGAUGAACAUGCGUCUGAUCGGCGCGACUCGUGUCGAGGAUCUCAACCCCAGCUUCUUGGAUACGCGGGGUCUGCUUGGUGGACACGCCGGUGCUAUUCCUUCUGAUACGCUCGGUCUGGGCGCGUAUGACCCUCUCCAGGCACCGCGGUUCAAUGAGAAGGCCAAGCUAUAA